AUGGUCAAAGUCUCAAAGGAUUGUUUGUUAUUUAUUAGAAGGGGAGGUGUGACGGAUCCGAACACGGAAAAUAGGGGGGUUGGUUGUGUAGCUGCUCUGGAUUGUUUAUUGAAUAUAGUCCGGGCUCUCCGGACGGGGUCCUGCUUAACUUAUGAAAGCAGGACCCCUGUUCCGGGUUCUCCUACAUCCGCAGUUGGAAUUAGGAAAAAAAAGAGCUCAAAGAAGAGGCCAGUUUCUAGGAAUUCUUCUUUUAACAGUCGUAAGGAAGAACAGUUGCGUAAGAUUCCUGGCCGCUUAUUCUUGAAUGGCUCGAGUGAUGUGGCUUCGCUCUUCACUCAGCAAGGCAAGAAAGGAACUAAUCAAGAUGCCAUGAUUGUUUGGGAGAACUUUGGUUCCAGAACAGAUACAGUAUUCUGUGGUGUUUUUGAUGGCCACGGUCCUCAUGGCCAUAUGGUUGCAAAGCGAGUCCGAGAUUCCCUUCCCUUAAAGCUAAGUGCACACUGGGAAGUUAAUGUGAAAAGUGAGGAUGUUCUGAAGGAGAUCAGUCUAAAUGCUGGGGCUAGCCUAAAUUCUGAGGAUGCUUCCCUUAUAUCUGCUGAUGAGGAGUCGAGGGUCUCAAUUGACGUUGAAGAGGCUGAAAAGCAACCAGAGGUCUUUCAGACUUUGAAGGAGUCAUUUCUGAAGGCUUAUAAAGUUAUGGAUAGGGAACUGAGAAGCUACACCAAUAUUGACUGCUUCUGUAGUGGGACAACAGCUGUAACCUUUGUUAAACAGGGUCAGGAUCUUGUUAUUGGAAAUGUAGGCGACUCCCGAGCAGUUCUGGGUACAAGAGAUAAAAGUGGUUCUCUUACUGCUGUACAAUUGACAGUGGAUCUGAAGCCUAAUCUACCAGCGGAGGCUGAGAGAAUUCGUAAAUGUAGAGGACGUGUUUUUGCUCUUCGCGAUGAACCGGAGGUUUCAAGAGUGUGGUUGCCACAUAGUGACUCUCCUGGACUUGCAAUGGCACGUGCUUUUGGGGAUUUUUGCCUCAAGGAUUUUGGUCUCAUCUCUGUGCCUGAAAUAUCAUAUAGGCGUUUAACGGGAAAAGAUGAGUUCAUUGUUCUGGCAACUGAUGGGAUAUGGGAUGUACUUUCAAAUGAUGAAGUUGUAAAGAUCAUAGCAUCCGCUUCAUCCCGUUCAUCUGCAGCUCGAUCACUAGUUGAAGCAGCUGUUCGAGCCUGGAGGACAAAAUACCCAACUUCUAAAGUUGAUGAUUGUGCAGUUGUCUGCCUUUUUCUUGAUUCAAACUCAAAUAACUUGUCUACUGCUUCUAAUACAAACUACAAUGAUGAGACUGUCUCAAUGGAAGCAAAUGAAGUUGAUGUCAAGACAGAUGAUGCCUCUGGUCCAGCUGCAUUGCCUCGUUCUGGAACUGUUCGAGAAGGCGAUGAGGUUUCAGGAGAAGGCGACGACGUAUCAGAGGAAGGCAUAGAGGAAACCUCAGAACAUGAGGAACUGCUCGCGGAGGUUGGGACAGAAUGGUCCGCGCUUGAAGGGGUUUCCCGGCUGAAUACAUUGUUGACAUUGCCAAAGUUUGUGCCUGAUAAAGAAGAGAAGUAAGAUAGAGGUUUGAGAUGUCAAAGUUUGGAUUUAUAUCUUUUGAUUAUUUUCAAUUUUUAUUUAGUUCUUUCCAUCCAUUUAAAGGUCUGACAUAUCUACUGGGAGAAAAAAGAAAACAGAAAAUGCAAAAAUUUGAUAUUUGUUGUAGACAGGAGAGGUGGGCCCAGCAAUAUUAGAGUGUCUGGGAAUCAUCCUUUCUCUCCCUCCCUAGUGUUGGUAGAAGUGGAAUUUUGUAAAAAUCCAACUCUCCGUCUUCUUCAUUCUUGGUUUCUACCUUUUCUUUUCUUCCGCAUAUAUACCAAGAUUGUGUACCUUAUCAAAGAUUGUGUGAUUUUCCCUCAUUGUUAUAUUGAUACUAAUGCAGUCCUUUUUUGUUCAA